UGGGUUGUUUUUGUCUCCAUGUUUUAUCCAAUUAAAUAACCAAAACAAUUCCUCGUGAUACGACUGAAAGGUUAGUCGACCAAUCAGGCGUUUUAUGUCUUCUUAAUAGGCAGUUCGUGGUUGAUGUUUAGACGAUUUAUCCAAUCAUACGUCAGCGCAGAAAAUGUUGGCCAAUAGCAAUGCGAGAAGGAAGGGGGUUGACCUGUUGGAAUGAGCCAAUCGUUACGCGGCUCAGUGUGACGCAUCCUCCCAUCAGCUGUUUUUGUUUUUCUCCGAGAACACUGGAAGUUAAUAACAGCAUAAUAACAGGAUUCCUGACUGGCUACGGCGAAACAUCUCAUUCGGGAGGUGACGGCGUUGACCUUUGAUCUUGUUUCGGCUCGGCAGAACUCUUCCUCUGGGAAACGAGCGCUUCCCGAACCGCUAUCUGAGCCCGGACAUUCCUUUCCCUCAAGAGUGCGAGCGUGGCGCUUGGAGUCUGGACGCCGAGGAGGAGCAGCGGGCUCCGGCGGGGAUCGGCCCGAGCCAAAGGCCUUCAACCUCGGACAGCGAGACGACAGAGGUUCCGGCUGCUCGGAUGGAGACCCAAGAGGCGGUAUCGGAGGGCCCCGGACCGCACCGCCACUUCAUCUGCGCCUCCUUCAACCAGGACACCACCUCUCUGUCCGUGGGCACGAAGACGGGAUACCGGCUCUUCUCCGUCACAGCUGUGGACAAACUGGACUGUAUCCAUGAGGGAGUGGAGUGCCCAGACGUCUACAUCGUGGAGCGACUGUUCUCCAGCAGCCUGGUGGUGGUGGUCAGUCUCUCCAUGCCCCGUCGAAUGAACGUCUACCACUUCAAGAAGGGGACAGAAAUCUGCAACUACAGCUACUCCAACAACAUCCUGUCGGUGAAGCUGAACAGACAGCGACUCGUGGUGUGCCUGGAGGAGUCCAUCUACAUCCACAACAUCAGAGACAUGAAACUCCUCAAGACCCUGCUCAACACGCCGGUCAACCCAACAGGUCUGUGUGCUCUGUCCGUUAACCAUGGCAACUCCUACCUGGCUUACCCAGGCAGCGCCACCAUUGGAGAGAUCACGGUCUAUGACGCCAACAACCUGAGCACGGUGACCCUGAUCCAGGCCCACGACAGCCCGCUGGCGGCCCUGACGUUCAACGCCUCCGGCACAAAGCUGGCCAGCGCAUCUGAGAAGGGUACUGUUAUCAGAGUUUUCAGCAUCCCAGAGGGUCAGAAGUUGUUUGAAUUUCGUCGGGGGAUGAAAAGAUACGUUAGCAUCAGCUCUUUGUCGUUCAGCGCAGACGCUCAGUUCCUGUGCGCUUCCAGCAACACUGAGACUGUUCACAUCUUCAAACUGGAACAACACAGCCCCAGUCAAGAUGAGGAAUCUCCAACAUGGUCGACAUAUGUGGGGAAGAUGUUCACAGCAGCCAGCACCUACCUACCCACCCAUGUGUCUGACAUGAUGCACCAGGACCGCGCCUUCGCCACCGUACGGCUCAACAUGUUCGGCCUGAAGAACAUCUGUGCCCUGGCCACGAUUCAGAAGCUUCCACGGCUGCUAGUUGCAUCCUCAGAGGGUUACCUCUAUGUCUACAAUGUAGAUCCGCAGGACGGAGGCGAGUGUGUCCUUGUUCAAAAACACAGACUCUUUGAAUCAGGAGAGGAGCAGGAGGAGGAGAAGGAAGAGGAGAACCAAGAGGACGGCCCCCAGCAACCAGCCAGCCAAUCAUACGCUGCCACUGUGGCUCUUCCUUCCACGCCUCCUUCCUCCACCACACUCAUGGGCUACUCUGAAGACGGCGGAGCCCAGAGAGGGGAAGUCAUCCCUGAGCAUGAAUUUGCAGAGAGCCCAAUCUGUCUGGAUGACGAGAACGAGUUUCCUCCAGUCGGCAACCAGAGUAAUUAAUCCACCGUUUCUCCAACAUCCCCACCAUUCUCCCGCACAAAAGAAAAAAGAUUUACAGAACAUCUACAGUAGUAGUUCAAACAGAAAGAAUGGUCUGAUGACUAGAGACUCUGCAACCUUCCUCAAAGUUCACCGUUGACCUUGGAUACUAUGUUAGAGGAUUACUUUGUGCUUGUUCCUGUGUUCAUCUCAUUCUGUAAGAAAGAAGCACUAGAACAUCUCUCAUUAGGAAAACACCUCCUGAUUUCUGUUUUUUCAAUCAGUACAAUGCCAUAACCAGCAGUGUUAAAUAUUUGUGAACAGUAAGAGACCUUGACAGAGAAGUAACAUUAUCAUUGUAGCUAAUUCCGUUGAAGAAUGCAGAUAGUCUCAUUAAGAACCUUAGCGAUUGUUUCCCCCAUUUUAAUUUCAAUGUUUUUUCUCUGAAUAUUGCACUUUAUUCUUAACUCAGAGGUUACACUUUAAGAAAAAUAGUCCGAUAUUUCAUGUGUUCUUCAGGAGGGAUGCUGGAAGUUUGUAUUUAGUAUUAAGUGUAGCCCUUUUUAUGCAGCUUUAACUCUAACAAAAAUCAUGUGGUGACUGUUUACCAGUGCUGCAUGUCACUUUAAACCUGAAGGCAUAAAAAGAUUUUGAGCAGACUUUACGGUGCCUGACUCUGGCAGUGUUCAGGUGAGAGGUUGGGUUUGACUCAUUCACACCUCUUGAACUUUUUCACAUUUUGUCAUUUUACAGAUGUAACUCGUGAAUAUGCUUUGAUAUAAACAGUGGGGUGUCCAGAGAGCAGGUUUCCUGGUGAAGAAAAACUCAGGAUGCUGCUGCCACCACCAUGUUUCACAGUGUGUGUGGUAUGCUUAAGACUAGUUGGCGUCACACACGUCUGCACCGUGUCCCCUGCAGGGCUUGUGGUAAACAGUGACUUGGACUAUCGGUGGACUUCAGCUAUUUGUUUUUUAUUCUUUGUAGUUGUAACUGAAAUAUGUUUAAUUACAUUACUGCUGACCCAUCUGAGCUACUCUUGUCAGAUUUUAUCUCUAGAAAAAAUGUGUCAUUUCCUCAUCUCUUCACAACUAUUCCCUACAUGUAGUCACUCUAUUCCAGUGGUGGCCACACUUUUGCUAAUGUGCUAAUGGUUUAGCUAAUUUUCCACUGUGCUUUAGCACUGAAUGAAUGCUAACUUUGAGUAUGUUUAGCGCACCUAGCUUCCCCUAAACUGCAAUAACAACUCUGACCCUGUGUAGGGCAAUUUACUAUGAUGUAACGUGUCAUGGUGGGUAUCAACAUGGUGGAAGCUAGCUCGCUCUAUAGCGUUAGCUUCUGCUAAAUACCAUGUUGGUAUAGCGCUUCAGCCUUAGUGUUGAUGCUUUAGGGUUAGCACAGCUAACGUUUUAGCUAGCGGCGCCCACCACUGCUCUUUUCCUUUAAACACAUUGAAGUGACAAAAUGUAAUUUCAAGGGGUGUGAAUAGUUUUGCGAGGCGCCGUAACUGUGUUGUAGUAAUUAAAAACAGCUGAGCCUGACAUGCCACAUUUGUUUAAGAUUCGAAUUGUGAAAGCAUGUGCAAAGUCCAUCUGUGACGUCACACUGGGCCGGUUCUUUUAAAGCUCAGGACAACAAGAGCAUUUCCUGAUACGAAUUAUCUGAAGUCUUUCCUACAACCUGCAACCAUACACUGAUCUUUUCUUUCUUUUUUUUUUUAAUCAGCGUUAGACCCUUUAAGUAUAUGUGAUGGAAAAUUACAAUCGGAACUUUUUUAAAGUUAUUAAAUGUUGCCUCGAAACAGAGAAGUAGUAGUCUAAAGAAGGAAAGAAUAUUGUGUAAUACACUAUUUCCAUCAUUACACAUGCCGUAUGUAUUACUUGCAGCUGUGAUUCUAAUCAUGGUAGCAACAGAGGAGACCAGAGACCUGAUAGUAAAUGUGGAAGAGUUAACUCUGAGGAGCUAGUGACCAGAUGAACGGGGCAAAGCUACACGUCUUUGACUUUCAGUGAUAGCAUUCAAACCUUUUUAAUGAGAAGAUGUUCAGACGUAACUCAGUUAUUUUUACAUUGAUGUAUUAAACAUUCUUUUGCAAAAGCAUUAUUACACAUCAGCACAUAGGCUUACCAUACCUAAUGUAUGUUAAGAAUUUUUACUGUAUGUAUAAUGUGUAAAUAUUGAAUUUCUAUAUAAUACAAGUGUACUAGGUAGCCUGUUAAUUAAACGUGACUUGCCAAAAGAUGGCGCUGUUAGGACACUCUGAGCUGUUCAGUUCAGGACAUUUUACCCAGCGACCCAUUAAAGCUCAAAGUGACUCAACUU